AUGCAUAUCACUUACCUUUCUGUGCUCACUGCCCUUUCGGGCUCAUCAGAAGCGUUCUUUCGCAUGUCAUGUCCAGGUCGACUGGUUCGACAGCGACUUGACCCGAUUGUCACCCCGGGGGGUAUCGCCGGCCAUGUACAUACAGUUUCAGGUGGAGCUGCUUUCGCGCCUACAAUGACUUACGAGGGUAUGCGAGCAUCGAAUUGCUCGUCGUGUACUAUCAAGAAACUUUACGCCUUCCCAGAAGGCUUCCGCAUGGUCGCCGGCGACCCCUUCGCACGCAGCUUUGGCAACAACUCUGCCGCGAAAGCCAUCUCCUUCAAUUGCCUUGGCGGCCCCAACCUCCCUGAGACAAAUGGCAUGCCAGACUUCAAUUGCCCAGGCGGCCUGCGCGCCCAGGUCUUUUUCCCAGCAUGCUGGAACGGUAAAGACGUCGACACGCCCGACCACAGAUCGCACAUGUCCUACCCCCUCGGCCAGGAGUACAACACCGGCGCCUGCCCACCCGACUUCCCCGUGCACAUGGUCUCCAUCUUCUAUGAAGUGCUCUACGACACCGCCUCCUUCUUCGAUCAAUGGACCGGCACCCAGCACCCGUUCGUCUUCUCCAACGGCGACGCCACCGGCUUCGGAUACCACGGCGACUUCAUGAACGGCUGGAACAUCUCCACGCUGCAGCGCGCAAUCGACGAAUGCACUGACGACUCAGGGCUCGUCGAGCGCUGUCCAGCAGUCACGCAGUUCACGGGUGAGGAAUGCCAGGCGUGUCGGCUCCCCGAGGACGUGGACGAAGCCAUCGACGGGCAUCUCGAUAAACUGCCUGGGUGUAACCCCAUCACGUAUGGCCCUGGGCGCGCGGUGCCGCAGCAGUGCAACGAUGGCGUUAAGCUUGGUGUCAGAAAAGUAAACUACGUCGAUCUCACAGCCACCAAGAAAUGGGAGUACAUCGGCUGCGGCCGCGAUAACAUCGGGGACCGCGCAUUCACCGGCCAGUCCUGGUCGCGACAAAACACUACCGUCGAAGACUGCGUCGAUUUCUGCUCUGACAGCGGUUACUCGUACGCCGGUUUGGAGUACAAGGGGGAGUGUUUCUGCGCGAACCAACUCAAUCCGAAAUAUGCACCGAAAGAUGGGAUCAUGGGCGCCUGUGUCAUGAAGUGCACUGGCAACCCGGAUCAGACGUGUGGUGGAUGGGCGGCGAUGAGCAUAUAUCAUGCUUGUCCUGCUGGAGGGCCUUGUCAGAACAAUGAGGAGUUUGGCAAGGCACCUACGGUGAAGGCGAAGAGGGUAAUGACUAUUGAGGUGCCGAAACAGAAAGUUAGGACUCAUGCUAGGGAGAUUCUGGGGGCUUGAGAGUGGUUUCUUGAUGAUGUUAUGAUUUGAAUGACCGGUUGGCGCCA